GCUAAAACACUGUCAUGAGGAGUAGGCUAGUUUAUGCAUGUUCUAAAUGGGGAGAUGCAUAAAUGGGACACGCACAGUGAGGAGAUCAAGGCAGUCAAACCAAGCGUGAGUGUGACCGCACAUUUUCAAACAGAAUCGACACAUUCGAGCUCGAAAAAGGGGUCUGGAUAGGCUACGUUUUCGGAAGCCGUCCAAAACGAUGGAGGUAUGCCUAGAUGGAUACAGUUUUAGAUUUUGGUGGGUUUAUAGCUAACCCUAACUAUUUUCCUAACUUUAACCUUAUUAUCCUAACUUGCUACAUUCAUUAUCCAUACCUGCUGCGUAAAUUCUCCUAAGAUUACUACGAAAAGUACAUUUUGACAAAAGCUGUAUCACUUCUUGACAAAACCGUUACAUAACAUCAGAAAACAACGCCAGUUUGCGGACAAGGCAAGCCUACUGGACCCUAUCAUACAAGGGGCGCACACACCCCUCUAUCGUUAACGCCCCCUCCACCAUCCUCCUCCGGAUAGGUCCAGGCAGAGAUGGAAAAAACAACAACAACGAGUGCUUUAAAAAGAUGCACAAUGUUCCGUCCAUCAGUAACAUCUGGUCAUUAGACCGGUGCUACUGUGACAGUCUCCGCUUUGCCGACGCACACUUUCUCCAUCUCCGGGGAGGACAGAAAUCAAAGUUCUUAAUUCUUUCUUGUAGCUUCAACCAAAAACACGAACAUGCCCAGCAAAAGGAAGAAGAACAAGCGCCGCAUGAGGAGGGUGCAGGCCCAGAGGAAAGUCCUUGAGGAGCAGCAUGUUGCUGGCACUGGCAAAGGGACCCCAGGAGUGGCUGCUGUGGCGGCCCCCCCUGUUAAAGCCAAAGAAGUGGCAAAGUGUCCAAAGCUUGUCCCCAUACAGACUCGAGUAGUAAACGUCCCCGUUGUAGCGCUGCUGGCCCCAGUCGAGGUACCGGAGCCUAAACCUAUGGUGGCGGCGUUAGAGGCUGAAGUGGUGGCAGCAGAGGUUGAAGUUGAGGCGCCAGUCGAAGCUCCAGUAGAGGCUGAAGAAGCCACAUUGGAGGUCGAAGCCCCAAUUGAAACCCCAGAUGUGGUCGACGGCCCAGUUGAAGCCCCAGAAGAAACUGCAGUGGGGCCACCUACAGAAGAAACUGCAGUGGGGCCACCUACAGAAGAAACUGCAGUGGGGCCACCUACAGAAGAAACUGCAGGUGGGCCACCUACAGAAGAAACGGCAGUGGGGCCACCUACAGAAGAAACUGCAGUGGGGCCACCUACAGAAGAAACUGCAGGUGGGCCACCUACAGAAGAAACGGCAGUGGGGCCACCUACAGAAGAAACUGCAGUGGGGCCACCUACAGAAGAAACUGCAGCAGUGCAGGAGGUUGAAGAAAGCUUCAUUCCAAAGACGGAGCUAGUAAUGGAGGCCGCAUCCAUCCCUGAGGCUCCAGUGUCAGCUCCUGACCAAUUUGAGACACAUGACGAGCCGUUGGUGAAGGCCGAAGUGGAGGCUGAAAUAGUUGCCACGGUCCAAGCGGAGGUCGAGGCAGUAGUCGAGCCAGAAUCCGGGCCCGUGGUCGAGGCCGUAGCUGCCCCAGUAGUGGAAACUGAAGAGGUGGUGAUCGACACAGAGGACAGUCCUGAGGUUGAAGCUGAGGUCAUUCCUAUGGGCAACGCAGAUGCCAUUCCUGAAGAAGUUGAAGUAGAGGAGGCCCCAGUCGUCACAGAGGAUGAGCCUGUCACAACAGAGGCACCUGAAGAGGUUCCAGUUGAAACAGAAAUGAUCCCAGAAACGCUGUCGGAGCCCGUGGUAGCCUCAGUUCAUGAAGCCCCCGUAGCCAACGUCGCUCCCUCAGAGCCCCUUGUAGAGGCCCCAGUAGACCCUGUCAUCGAUACAGUGGCCGACAACUUUAUCAUCACAGAAUCUGUCCCCACUCUGGAGGCAGCCAUGGCUGAGCCCGCCAUUGAGGAGCAGGUGCCCGCAGUCCCAACAGAUUCACUUGAGGCCCUAUCGGAGUUGCUGAACAACGUCCCCCCAGUAUCUGAGCCCGCCCCUGUCACAGCUGAUAAAGUCAUCGCCGUGACAAAGAUGGGGGAGAGAGAGACGACACACUUCCACCCGAUUACCGGCACUCUCCGGAGGACCUGCUGGCUAUCCUCUCAUCUGAAUGCUCUCGCACAUUUUGAAAUGUGCCCAUCCAGGAGUUCUUGCUUCCUCGCUAAAGAGGGAAUUGAAGCCCAGAUGGAAAUCGAAUCCAAAAAGGACGCCACGGAUGAGAAUACUGCCCUGGAUGUCCUCUCUGGACAUUUCUCAGCCCCCCAGCCUGUCAUCUCAGAACUACAGUGUCACACGCAGCUCGCCUCUGUGCCCGUAGAGCUCGCCUCCGUGGAUAUCCCAGCAGAGGCAGCAUUGAAUGGACAUACUGCAACUGAGGUGGCCAUUGAGGGAUAGAUCUCUGCAGAUUUCCUCAGUCAGUAUGGAAGACUGAAGAGAGCCUCACGGGGAGCCGACCAGCACAUUUUACUUUUCAAUAUUUAGGGCUUCAAGGGACCGCCGGGAAUUUAUUAACAUCCAACACUCAGUGCCUUUCCUGCUUAGGUUCUCACCAAAAGAAAAUCAAACAAACACAUUUUAAUGCGGCAUCAAGGCGGGGGAAUAAGAGUCUUUGGAUCAGAAUGUGAAUAUUUGGAAUGAACAAAUUAUGGCUUCUUUCAUAGAAUUUCUGUAUCGUAAUGCAUUUAUUGUGGAUUUGCAUCGAUUGUAAAUGGCAUACAUUGUGUAUGGAUACUGUAAAGAAUGUGGAAAUGACCUGUCUUCGCAUUUGGACCAUGUUUGUAUGGAUGGGAGGGGUAUUUCCUUGUACGUGUUUUCUACAUGCUGACUACACCGGGCACGAGCGUGUGUCUGCGUGCUCCAUCACAUGCAUGCUGAUUUUGUCCAUCCACACCAGACGCGAUCAGGUCAUGUACGUUGAAAUAUCAAAACGAACUCUGAACCAACUAUAUUAAUUUGGGGACAGGUUGAAACACAUGAAACAUUCAUGGACAUUUAUCUAGCUAGCUCGCUGUUGCAAACUAAUUUGUCCUGGGAUAUAAAUAUUGGGUUGUUACUUUACCUGAAAUGCACAAGGUCCUUUUUUUCCCUGGAUCUUUGUAGAAUUUUGACCCAUUUUGAGUCACACAAAAUCGUGUGUCCUCUACUCCGACAAUUAAUCCACAGGUAAAAGUGGAAACCUAGUUAGUUUCUAGUAAUCUCUCUUUCUUCAGUCUUCUUCUGUGGACUUUAUAUGGCGGUUGGUAACCAACUUUAAGGUGCAUUACCACUAUCAACUGGACUAGAGUGUCGAUCUCAGUUCUGCUUUCAAUCACCCGCGUGGGUCUAUACUCCUAAAAACCAAUGAGGAGUUGGGAGAUGCAGGAUUUACAGCGUGUCACGCGCCAAAAAUAAAACCAAGUUCUAUUUUAGCGCCUGGCUACGCAGACGCUUGCGAGCAGUUUGGAUGAUUGAAUAGCAUACCCAUCCUCUUCACUGUGUACUGACAAUGUGUCUACAGUCCUGUUGGAGAAAGUCUGCCCUGGGCAAUGAGAAAGGGUGUGAAGUUUUUCAGGCCCUCUGGCCAGAUUAUCUUAAAGACGUCCUCUGGCGAUUUUCUAACUUUUACUGUUGAAAAGCGAUAUCCCAAGUAUAUAUACAGUAAAGUACACACAAUAAAGGGUAGAAAUAAUAGAGGAACGAAAGAGGAAAGCCCCCCCCCCCCACUUAUGCUACGUUAUGACUUACCUGGACCACCUAUUGAGAUGUGCCUUUUAAGCCUUUUAAGUAAAUCAGGUGUUAAAUGAGGUGAAAAGGAGACUGGAGUUCAGCUUUAACGUUCAAUUAACUACACUCAAAUCUGGCCACUGAAAAUGGGGGCUUGUAGAUCAUGUUUGUUUUUUAAAAUUAUAUUUUCUAAUUUUGUUUUGUAUAGACCAUUAGAUGUGGUACAACCGCAGUUUGCGUACACGGUUCCGUGCUCUGGAAGAUACCAUGAGGAGUUAUGUAAUGAAUAUGCUGGGUUGGAUUUCAUUCACCUUUUUGAAUAAAGAUGUUACUCACCGUGA